AUGAAGGAAAUCAAUGGAUAUCAUGAAUCGAUUGCAACCAGACAUAAGAACAAUUUGGAAAAAAUGCAGAAACGAAAUAUUUUUCCAAGUUCAUUAUUGGGUAUUGAUAAAAUAUAUAAAACUACUCAGGGCGCAGAUAAUGGUAAUAUAAGUUUUACUAAUCAUACAACUGAUGAUUUCCAAGAACAGGUUGACCGUCACAGCCAUUCAAUUUAUAAUGGACUUACUUAUUAUGUAAAAUGCAACCAAGCAACUAGUGCUCCGGAAACAAACACAACAUAUUAUGUUGCAAAAAAACAUACACCUGUGGAUAUCAACAUCAAUAAUAACGUUUAUGGCGGAAAUAUAUACAAUAACAAAUUUUUAAGCAAAAGAUCUACGGAUCAUUUUAAAAAUAACGAAAUUUCAGUGGAAAAAGAAUUUAAAAUUGAUAUUUUAAAUGGAAACUCCUAUCAAAAUAUAGCACAUGUAAGUUCAAAACUGUACAGUAAAAAUUCUAAUACAUCCGUCAUUGUCAACGCUACCAAUAAAAAAGGUACAAUGAAUUUUACAGUUGACAUAGAUCGUUCCAAAUUUAAAAAUGAUCUCAACGUUACACAUUCUGAAAUUAAUGCUGGUGAAAUAUCCCUUAUUCGGACGUUCGAAAAAUUACUUCAUAAUAGUCUGAUGAACUAG